AUGCAGAACUUCUGCGCUGCCGCCGACUGCACGCGGAAGAGCACGCAGUCCGACCUGGCCUUCUUCAGGUUCCCGCGGGAUCCGGCCAGAUGCCAGAAGUGGGUAGAGAAUUGUAGGAGAGCUGACUUGGAAGAUAAAACACCUGAUCAACUAAAUAAACAUUAUCGAUUAUGUGCCAAACACUUCGAGACCUCUAUGAUCUGUAGAACUAGUCCUUAUAGGACAGUACUUCGAGAUAAUGCAAUACCAACAAUAUUUGAUCUUACCAGUCAUUUGAACAAUCCACAUAGUAGACACAGAAAACGAAUAAAAGAAUUGAGUGAAGAUGAAAUCAGGACACUGAAACAGAAAAAAAUUGAUGAAACUUCUGAACAGGAACAAAAACAUAAAGAAACAAACGAUAGCAAUGCUCAGAACCCCAGUGCAGAAGAAGGGGGUGAUGAACAGGAUGAAGAUAUUUUGCCUUUAACCCUUGAAGAAAAAGAAAACAAAGAAUACUUAAAAUCUUUAUUUGAAAUUUUGAUUCUUAUGGGAAAACAAAAUAUACCUCUGGACGGGCAUGAGGCUGAUGAAAUCCCAGAAGGUCUCUUCACUCCUGAUAACUUUCAGGCCCUGUUGGAGUGCCGGAUAAAUUCUGGUGAAGAGGUCCUGAGAAAACGCUUUGAGACCACAGCAGUUAACACAUUGUUCUGUUCAAAAACACAACAGAAACAGAUGCUGGAGAUCUGUGAGAGUUGCUUGCGGGAAGAAACCCUCAGGGAAGUGAGAGACUCGCACUUCUUUUCCAUUAUCACUGACGAUGUGGUGGACAUAGCAGGGGAAGAGCACCUUCCCGUGUUGGUGAGGUUUGUAGAUGAGUCUCAUAACUUGAGAGAGGAAUUUGUGGGCUUCCUGCCUUAUGAAGCUGAUGCAGAAAUUUUGGCUGUGAAAUUUCACACUACCAUAACUGAGAAGUGGGGACUAAAUAUGGAGUAUUGUCGUGGCCAGGCUUACAUUGUGUCUAGCGGAUUCUCUUCCAAAAUGAAAGUUGUUGCUUCUAGACUUUUAGAGAAAUACCCUCAAGCUAUCUACACACUCUGCUCUUCCUGUGCCUUAAACAUGUGGUUGGCAAAAUCAGUGCCUGUGAUGGGGGUGUCUGUUGCAUUAGGAACAAUUGAAGAAGUUUGUUCUUUUUUCCAUCGAUCACCACAACUGCUAUUAGAACUUGACAAUGUAAUUUCUGUUCUUUUUCAAAACAGUGAAGAAAGGGGUAAAGAACUGAAGGAAAUUUGCCAUUCUCAGUGGACAGGUAGGAAUGAUGCUUUUGAAAUUUUGGUGGAUCUCCUGCAAGCACUUGUUUUAUGUUUAGAUGGUAUAAAUAGUGACACAAAUAUUAGAUGGAAUAAUUGUAUAACUGGUCGAGCAUUUGUACUCUGUAGUGCAGUAACAGAUUUUGAUUUCAUUGUUACCAUUGUUGUUCUUAAAAAUGUCUUAUCUUUUACAAGAGCCUUUGGGAAAAAUCUCCAGGGACAAACUUCUGAUGUCUUCUUUGCUGCCAGUAGCUUAACUGCAGUACUACAUUCACUCAAUGAAGUAAUGGAAAAUAUUGAAGUUUAUCAUGAGUUUUGGUUUGAGGAAGCAACAAAUUUGGCAACCAAACUUGAUAUUCAGAUGAAACUCCCUGGGAAAUUUCGUAGGGCUCAGCAGGGUAACCUGGAAUCUCAGCUAACCUCUGAAAGUUACUAUAAAGAAACCCUAAGUGUUCCAACAGUGGAGCACAUCAUUCAGGAACUUAAAGAUAUAUUUUCAGAACAGCACCUCAAAGCUCUUAAAUGCUUAUCUCUGGUACCGUCAGUCAUGGGACAGCUCAAAUUUAAUACAUCAGAGGAGCACCAUGCUGACAUGUACAGAAGUGACUUGCCUAAUCCCGACACGCUUUCAGCUGAGCUACACUGUUGGAGAAUCAAAUGGAAACAUCGAGGGAAAGAUAUAGAGCUUCCAUCCACCAUUUAUGAAGCCCUUCAUUUGCCUGAUAUCAAGUUUUUUCCUAAUGUAUAUGCUUUGCUGAAGGUCCUGUGUAUUCUUCCUGUAAUGAAGGUUGAGAAUGAACACUAUGAAAAUGGACGAAAGCGUCUUAAAGCAUACUUGAGGAACACUUUGACAGACCAAAGGUCAAGUAACUUGGCUUUGCUUAACAUAAAUUUUAAUAUAAAACAUGAUCUGGAUUUAAUGGUAGACACAUAUAUCAAACUAUAUACAACUAAGUCAGAGCUUCCUACAGAUAAUUCAGAAACUGUUGAAAAUACCUAAAA